AAAUAACAAAUUUAUAUUACGACUGAUAAACCUAAAUCAUUUAUUAUUUCUUUGAUAUGGGAGAUGUAGUUCUCUCGUGGUGUAGUAGCAAAGUGGAUUAUGCUGAUUACAGACACCACAUAAAAUUUGUUUGUAAACAUUUCAAAAUGCAAGUAAUUUGUCAAAGAUCUCUUUUUCCUGAUUCAAGUCAAUUAUAUUAAUGUGGUUUUAAUAAAUAAGUAUUUCAUUCAAAUUUACAGUUUAGAAGACAACGAUUUUUUCUUAAAUGUUGACAGAAAACAGCUGAGAAUGGCAAAAUGGGAGAAUAUUUCUAAGGUGAAUAAGAUAUUAGAGGACGAACAUCUACUCAGUGUAAAAUACAUCAACGAUGGAGAAGACAUCAUUACGUCUCUGUCUAAUGGCAUUGUGCGCAUCUAUAAGAACAGAUCCAUGACCACCACUCACUCGCUCUACCAUCAGUCCUACCUGCACAUUAAACAUGGCCGCAAACCUCACGUCAAUGUACCUGCUACCUCAUGUCUCGUCAUGCCAAACACAGAGGAGUCACGCUGUUUGGCUUGCUACACAGACGGUCACGUGAAUUUGUUCGAUAUUGACAAGGAGAAAAUAAUCGAGACAGUCAGCGAGGAGAGACAGAUAUUCAACGUGGUACAUCAUCCCUCUGAUCCUCAAUUCAUCUCAUUGGGCGAGGACGGAAUCAUUUUCCUCUACGACAGCACAACUAUGAAAGUGCUCAUGAAGUAUCGCCCAAGCUUCACAAACCGCCUGGACGGUCACACUUCGCGGGUGUUCGCGGCAGUCUUCCAUCCGCGCAACCACAACGAGUUCAUAUCAGGCGGAUGGGACAACACAAUCAUGUUCUGGGACACGCGAACUUCGCAUGCGGUUCGCUUCAUUGCCGGGCCACACAUUUGUGGCGAGGGCGUCGAUAUCAAUUGGAAUGGCAAAGAGAUCUUGACAGCAGCCUACCAGCAACGCGAACAAACGCAGAUUUGGGACUACAGCACAGGAAAGCUGAUUCUGUCAAAUCCCAGUUAUUUUGUGGAAAAUGGUUGCCUAAUAAUAACGUUGUGGUUGGAGGUACUGAGCCAGGAUUGAUCAGAGUUGUCAGUGUUACUAAUCCUAGUUCAAUCGGUUACUUUAGAGCAGAAUCAGGUGGAGUGUACAGUCUGGAUUUCAAGAUAAUUGCCGAAAAUCCGUCAGGAUCCAAACUUUCACUGGCAAAAAGCAGAGACACAUUGAAAGACUUUGGCUCGCUCGUCAGAAUUGUUUUCAUCAAUGACAACAUU